ACUGUGAAGGAAGGGAAUAACGAGACUGAUAGAAGCAAAGGGCACGGAUGACAGAAUAAACACAAUGGGGACGACGAGAAGGGACCAGAGCUGAUAUCUCAGUGCAGCCGGCGCAGUCCUGCGGGAUGUGAGCUUAGCGCCCUCUGUCUGCCUGUGCGGGGGAUGCAAGAAAGGGGGCUCCUGGCUCUGUUGCGCUGUCCUUUCCGUUACCGGAGCUACUCCCCCACAGAACAUGGCUGACCUUUCACCGGUGCUUCAGCCGCACAGGGAAGGGGGCUCCCGCUAUGGCUACACGAUGUUCCCAGGACUUGAGUGUGAGUCUGAAGCCGAACUGUCUCUUAGCCUGGCCCGCACUAAAACCCGUUCGUACGGGAGCACAGCCAGUGUGGCGGCCCCCCUAUCCGAGAGGUACAUCGAGCACCGCCUCAGCCCAAGCGAUACCCUGCAGGGCAUCGCGCUCAAGUACGGAGUGACGAUGGAGCAAAUUAAAAGAGCCAAUAAAUUAUUUUCUACCGACUGUAUAUUUCUUCGGAAGUCCUUGAAUAUUCCAGUUAUCUCAAAGAAGGGCUCCUUGUUUAAUGGACUUGGCUCAUUGGACUCUCCAGAGAAUGAAACUCAAGAUAAUUGUAAUUCUCCAACAAAAGAGCCUGCAUUAGCCGAGGCUCAUACAGUCUCCAUACCCAGCUCUGCAAAAACAAAUCAACCUAUUGUUAGGUCAGAUGAAGAGCUGUCAGCCAAAGACUUUCUUCAGAGACUGGACUUACAGAUAAAGAGGUCUACUCAGGCAGCCCAGAGGCUAAAAGAAGAAGACCUCAGACAUGAUGAUUCCUAUGCAACUUGCUCCUAUCAGCACUAAGAGACAAGAAGAUAUCUGGUCUUGUUAAAGCAAUGGCUGUGGGUCCACAUACACCAAACAUCUAAUCUUAAAGACUUCCUUUGUUUGACAAAUCUAUUGUUGACAUUUUUAAUAUGAUUGCACUGAUGUUGAUUUAUCUGCAAUAGUUCAGUGUCCUUAUUAUAUUGCCUUUAAAUACAUAUGGCAGCCUUUGAAACCUACCGGUAUAUUUAUAUAUUAAAAGUAAGUCAUUUGCAGACACUGUUUGCUGCGUCUUUUGAAUUCAAAAAGGGAAAUGAAUGACAUAUCCGCACUCCUAUGACAUUUUGUUACAUGGCUGCAGACUGUAUUUCAUUUGCAAUACUCUGUAUUUUAGUUUCACUGCUCAUUUUAUCAACGGUUUUGUCACUUUUUUUUUUGGUUGUUUCUGUUUUAUAUUGCGGUUAAUUGAGACCCACAGAGGUCUUUUGAGUGCAAAUGAUAAAAAAACUUUACUGUGUUUAAUGUGAUUUUAUUGUUUACUCAUUUUAAAAAAUAAACUUCUUUCUGUGACUUAU